UGAUAUAAUUACAACGCUGAACGAGCUAUGACCUUAAAUCCUCCAGUAAGUUUAUGUUUUAUUUUGAUGACAAACAGGCGAUCGGAAGUGCACUUUUUGUGUCUUUCAGCUAGGCUUGACGGCUCGUUACUGCUUUUUCUCCCUCUCAGUGUUGUGAAGUAAGGGCAAACCUCGGGUGUCGAUAUUAAAACUACCUGUCAAGCUGCGGAAUAACGUUAUCAGCUGAACAUCGUGGAUUAUAUGCGUUUCGAUUAGCAGACUUCCAAACAGUAUCUUGGCGCUUCAGUUAUGGAUAUGAGCGGGGCGGCGUGGAGGGGAGAGGGGGAUUUAAAUUUCUUUUCGUCCCGACAGCUUCUUUUGAUUUGAAGUAGUUACGGUGCACCUCAGCAGAAAAAAACGGCCAGUGUUUCCUCGCGAUAAAAGUUACUAGAGCAGUCGACGUUAUUUCUCGCGGGUUUGCUUGAUUUUUUUUUACGAAUCAGUUUUAGGGUUGUGUAGAGUUUGUGUUUUUCGUGGAGAGCGGAGGAGGUGAAGUGAAAACGGCUCUCGGAGUCGGGACUGACCGCUGGAGUUGGUCCUGAAAAAUGGAGGCUGUUAUCGAGAAGGAAUGCAGCGCGCUCGGAGGACUCUUUCAAACUGUUAUCGCAGACAUGAAAAGCAGCUACCCUAUUUGGGAGGACUUUAUCACCAAGGCAGGCAAACUGCAGUCGCAGCUCAGGGCGACAGUGGUUGCCGUGGCCGCCUUCCUAGAUGCAUUUCAGAAAGUGGCCGACUUGGCUACCAACUCAAGAGGUGGCACAAGAGACAUUGGAUCAGCAUUGACCAGGAUGUGUAUGAGACAUCGCAGCAUAGAGGCUAAACUCAAACAGUUCUCCACGGGCUUCCUUGAGGGUCUGAUCAACCCUCUACAAGAACAGAUGGAGGAGUGGAAAAGAGGAGUCAACACUUUGGACAAGGACCAUGCAAAAGAGUACAAAAGAGCUCGGCAGGAAAUUAAGAAGAAGUCAUCGGACACGCUGAAACUUCAAAAGAAAGCAAAAAAAGCUGAUAAUUUCGGUCGUGGUGAUAUCCAGCCACAGCUGGACAGCGCCAUGCAGGAUGUCAGUGACAAAUACAUUCUGCUGGAAGAGACGGAGAAGCAGGCCCUGAGGAAGGCUCUUAUAGAGGAGAGACAGAGAUUUUGCUGUUUUGUAGCCAUGCUGCGGCCUAUAGUGGAUGAGGAGAUUUCUAUGUUGGGAGAGGUUACCCAUCUCCAGACCAUCUCUGAGGACCUCAAAGCCUUGACCUCAGACCCACACAAGCUUCCCCCUGCGAGUGAACAGGUGAUCUUGGACUUGAAGGGCUCAGACUAUGGUUGGUCAUAUCAAACUCCGCCCUCAUCCCCCAGCACCACCAUGUCCAGGAAGUCUAGCAUGUGCAGUAGUCUGAACAGCGUUAACAGUAGUGACUCCAGGGGAUCCAGUGGCUCUCACUCUCAUUCUCCUUCCUCCUCUUCUUCCUCCUCUUCCUCACACCACCUCUUCCACCACCAUCACCCUCGCCAUCGAUACCGCAGCUCCACGCUACCCCAGCAGACCCCAGCUCGGCUUCCUAGCAUCUCCUCCCACGACUCGGGCUUCAUUUCUUCAUCACAAGACCAGUACACAUUAUCCAAGUCGUCCUCGCCACUGCCAGCUGAAAAAAAGGCUUGUCCCACUUCCAGCCCCUCUGAGAUGUCAGAGACAGGGCUGCUGCAUAGUGACUGCAGCACCCCUUCUUCACUAGCAGAUACUACUGCACCUCAGCCCUCUACUGACAAGUUGUCCAAUGGUUUCGACCACUACAGCCCAGCCAGUUCCCCCUACCUGCAUAGCAACGGGGGCAGUUUGGGCUCAGUGUCAAACACUGCCUUCCCCUUCUUCCCUCCCUCCUCCUCAACCUCCACCUCCUGCCCCACUCGUUCAUGGUCACGUCCUGCAUCGGCCUUGCUGCCAGACUACCCUCCCUACUGCACAUUGGGUUCCCCCAUGAUGCCUUCAUCACGAGUCCCCAGCUGGAAGGACUGGGCGAAGCCUGGGCCUUAUGACCAGCCUAUGGUCAACACGUUACGGAGAAAGAAAGACAAGGAGAGUCCAGCUGUGGUGGACAGUAAUGGGAGUAUGAACUGUGAUAAUAGCCCGCCCUCUGCCCAGACCGCAGCUCCAGCUGCAUUGCAAACACCAAGCCAAUCAGCAUUAGUGCAAGACAAGAACAGGAACACACCUGCGGCUGUCAGGGCCGGGGAUAUCGAGGCCCAGGAUGAUCUGGCUCUGGCCUUAUCCAGAGGUCUGGAACUGGACACCCAGAGGUCCAGUAGAGACUCUAUCCAGUGCUCCAGUGGCUACAGCACACAGACCAACACACCCUGCUGCUCUGAGGAUACUAUACCGUCACAAGUAUCAGACUACGACUACUUCUCAAUGGCUGGAGACCCAGAGUCUGAGCAGCAGCAGUCUGACUUUGAUAAGUCCUCCACCAUCCCCAGAAACAGUGAUAUCACUCAGUCCUACAGACGUAUGUUCCAGGCCAAACGCCCAGCCUCCACAGCAGGGCUACCCAGCAGUCAGGUACCUUAUCCUGGCCCGGGGGCCUACCACACGGGGCCUUAUCCCCCCACACCAAUCCACACAGGCGCUUAUGCAUCUACUCCUACUGCACAGUAUCCUCCUACGCCUACAGGCCACGGUCCAGUUAUUGUGACCCCUGGAGUUGCCACGAUCCGCCGCACGCCUUCAUCUAAACCUUCUGGACGCCGUUCGGGCUCCGUUACAGGUACAGGCCCCAUUCCCAUUCGCACUCCUGUCGUUCCUGUAAAGAUCCCCACGGUGCCUGAUAUGCCAGGAGCUGUUAAUGGGAACAGAGGCGAGGAGAUGGUAGGCAGAGAAGAAUCCCCCAGUUCUCCAACAUUUACAGGAGAGGUGGAUCCCGGCACGCUACCCAUGGCGUCCUGGAGCGGUCAGGCCACAACCAACCCUCCCAAUCUACCCAACUAUGUGAGCCAGCAGCACCUUCAGAGUGAGAUGAGACAGGAGGGAGGAGGAGAUGAUUCAGGAGAGCAAGAAGAAGGAGACAUGCUGAUGGCCAUCCGCAAAGGGGUCAAGCUCAAGAGAACCUUCACCAACGAUCGCUCUGCACCACGCAUCGCGUGAUUCGGCAAAGGUCGCAGGAGACGUGUGACCUCAUUUGUAAAUUAGGUCAGAAGCUUUAGGAAAAAGGAACGUUGCAGAUAAGAAGUGCAAUGUGUAAACUUAAAAGGCUUCUUGUAACACAUUGCAAUAUCAGUGGUAUCUGCUGGCUUUCGUCACCUGUGAGAACCUCCUGCUACAGCCCCCAUUUACAAUCACUCAAAGAAAAGACAAUAGCAGUUGUCUUAUUGGGCUUACGUUGCCUCAGAAAUGAUAUAAAGCCAGAUUAAUAACUCACUCUGGAUCAGGCCAUUUGUGCUAAUCCUUGUAUAAGCUGUAAUUCCAGGCCCACAGAUGUAAAAGAGCAGCAUAAAACAGCAUGUUUUUGUUAAUAAGUAGCACCACACUGAUCACUCAUUAUUUUCACACAAUACUUACGUUUCCUCAGAGUGGGGGGAAAAAAAGUACUGUAUAUUAUGUGUACACAGACUCAGUGUUUUGGGAGUGCACUGUACUGUUGCGGUGGGAUCAGCAUUCUUACUGUUGAUGACUUGGCAAUAACCUCUGCAGGUACGACACGCCCUCGAGAGAGCGACGUUAAAGUGCUCUAUUACAGUAACGGCUUCAGCGGCUGGCCUUUGAUGGCUCCAUUUUUGGCAACUCCUGACCUGCAUCAGUGCUUAUUUGGAGGCACGCCCUGAUGGCUGUUCAUAGGUGCUGAGCUUGAACUGUGAGCUUCCAGUCACAGUUCAAAGACACCAUGAGCACAGGAAGCUCCUAAAGAAAACCAAACAAAAGCAAAGGAAAUGACUGCGUUGCAUUCGGAGUCGUAGGAGGCUACAGUGUGACUAAAGUGUCACAUGUUUGACGCUGUGACAUUAAGAGAGACUAAAGUUGUGUCCUGUUCUUCUUUAUAAGGGUUCAUAUUGACACGGUUUGUAAAUAAUUUUGCACGUCUGUGUUACCGGGGAGUGUCGGCAUCGCUCGUUCAAUCGUUCAAAAUCAAUCAGUUCCACAUCUUUUAACAGGGACAUAAGGAUCAUCAUACUGCACUGCCUCCGAGUGGAUUGGGUUUACUUCUCCUCAGUUUAUGACUCAUUUAAUCUGCAAUCUCUACACGUUCAUGGGUGGCAGAUUAAACCUUGUCAGAGGUUCUCGUGUUAAUAUACGACCUCUUUCCUUUGUCAUUUAUUGACCACAGUUUGAGCUGCUUGGCGUUGAUUGCUCACAGCGGCAGCAAUAAAUCUCAAAGUAUAUACUGUCUCUGUUUAAAAAGAGAGAGAGAACUAAACAUUUUAUUGAACCUGAAGCAUUAUUUCAGAGUUAAAUGGUAUUUUUGUUAACGCCAUGAUGUUUCUGUCCUUCAGACUUCAGACCACGUUUUUACAACUGCCACUUUAAAUUAGUUUUUUUUGUUGUUUUUGGUUGUUUUUACAAAGGUGAUUAUGUUAUCGACAAGGAAAUCGCAUAAAAACGAUCAUAUAAGAUGAGAUACUAGGCCCGUCCUUAGACCAGAGGCUAAACAGGCUAGUUAGUGUCACUCGGUCUGUAUUUGAUUUGCAUUUCAGUUCAAGCACUGUGAGACCAUGGCUACUACAGGAUGUUUGAAAUUGUAAAUAUUAUUUAGUUAGUCCAGGAUCUCACACGAUUUUAAUUUAUUUCAUUUCUCAUUCUUUAAAUGUCUUCCUCCUCAACUCGUCUCUAUUUUUAUACUUACUAUAAAAUAUCAGAGUGACAGAGCUGUUCCCUCGAUCAGUGCCGUCUAAAGUUUUCAGUCAAAUGUUCACGACUGUCCCGCUGUCAGUCCCUUAUUUCACACAUCUGUAUAUUUUGCAUCAUGAAUUCAGAUAAGAUGGUUUGAAAGCACAGUUUUGUUUUUUGUAAGAAAAAUGCCAAGCAGGUGUGGUUUUGAGUCUCAUCAGUAUUAUGAGCCCAGGUCUCGUGCAGAGCUGCACCCACUUCAGUUCAGUCCAAACGGCGCAUUUUCAUCUGAGUGGGAACAACAAAACCUUUUCUUUUUUUUGUAAAUUAUUGUUUAAAGUGAUGAUUUUUUCCCCCUGGAGAUUGAACUGAAAGUGGAAUGACAACAACCAUGCUAAGAGUUUGCUAAACAGAUUGCGCCUUGCAAAUCUCCAUCCACUCAUUUAAAACUUGUAUCAUUAACCUGUAAGUCCCAUAUUUAAAUUACUAGCAUAAAUAUAUAUAAAUAUUAUAUUUGCCAAAUGUCAGUAUAUCCUAUAAGAAGUUUAUAGUUUGUGAAAGUUUUAAAGUAUAGUUAAGUCUGUUUUCCAGUUUAGUUUUUAGCUGUUUUCCUUCCCCACAGAGAGUUGACCUCUCAGUCUGUCCCUGUAGAGUUCAGGCUUUAAUGCAUUUUGUUUAAGGAGGUAAAAAUGUUGUUAUGACAGCUUUAGCAAUAUAAUAAAGAAUAUUAAUUUUG